UGUGUGCUUGAGCAGAUAUGUAGUUUGGAUGUAAAUAUUAACAUUUUAUAUAUCAAUUUGCGUUGAGAUAAGAAAGAACUUCAAAAAAGGUGAGCUGCUCCGCAACCUAACGGUUACUUCAUAGCCGCCCGCCAUAUGAACAAACAAAUGCUCGACAAAUUAUAGGGGGGCUUUUAUCAAAUUGACUGGCCAUCCGGCGGUGAGCGUGUAUACCUAUAUUAUGCCAUGUGAUCGUAGGCAUUAAGGCAAUCAGCAAUUAAACGUUGAAACGACAAGAUCGGCGAGCGUCAAAGCAUACACAAGUGCAGAAAUUAGUAAAAACUUUACAAAAAUAAGUCAUAUUCAAAAUUUAUAAAAAUUAAAAUACCAAAAAGUUUAAAUUAUUACAAAAACUUACAACGAAUAUUGAUAUCCUGCAAGUGUAGUGCUAAAAUAUCAACAAAAGAGAAUCAAAAAAAUAUUUAAAAAAUGUUGAAACCAGCGCAAAAAACACAAGUGCAAUUAAUUAUCCUGCAAUUUAUCCUACUUUGCUUUAAUGACGCAUACAGUGCCUCACAGCCACCGUAUCAAGUGUCACUUUAUGUGUCGCUGCAUCCACGUGCGCCACCCAUACACUAUUGUAACGGUGUUAUUGUGCAGAGUAGCUUGAUAUUAACCACCGCCAGCUGUGUCUACUAUCAGUCGUCGGUGGUUGAGGAAAGUGGCGCGCCGGUGCGUAUACCGUCGGCGAAGAUCAGUGUGGUACCAGGUGUUUCGGGCACCUACAACGUUUUGAAUACUUUUAAUGUGUUAGAGAUUAAUAUUGCGCCAGGUUUUAGUUACAAGACAUUGGCAAAUAAUUUGGCACUACUCCGUUUGGAUACGACACUGCCGCUUGGUCAACGCAAUGACAUACAAUGGAUCAUUAUGGAUGAUUACGUGUAUGAGGAGAAGGCAUUAUAUAUGGCAGGAUUUCCGUCAUUAAAUGUGGACCAAAACGUCAUGCUGUUAGAGAAUGUACAAAUAUUACCCAAUGAACAAUGCGCACAGGUCGCAACGAGUGCGCCGGUAAUAAGCGACGAAAGCAUUUGUGCGCGUUAUCCCUACACGUAUCCUUAUGCGGUCGGACCGGAUUGUGAGUUCCCAAGCGAUUUCCCUUCAUUUAAUACCGAUUAUGGCACAGGUCUGAUAGUGCGUAGUACAUUGGUAGCCCUGUUUUCGCAUACAAUUGCAACAACAGCCAACCAAAAUGCCAACAAUUGUCGGGAGCAACAGCAGUUUAUUGCGAUUUUCGCCGAUGUGGGGCCACAUGUAGAUUGGAUUUAUGGCAUUAUCGCGAGUGAGGAAAUGUUAGCUUUGCAUCAAAAUGACUUUAUGUACUCAGCACCUUAUCAGCAAGAUGUUAGUAGCGCUAUUAUGUACUCAUCGUAUGCGUCAGAGUUAAUGCCGUCAUUAAUUGAAACAACAAUAACAACGACAACAACAAAAACCACAACAACAACGGCAGCAACAGUGAUGACAACCACCAAUGAAGUAGCGACGAACCCCAGCAGCACGGAAGUGAGUUCAACGCAGCCGCCAUAUAUAAGUGCUGCAGACAAAGUUGUUGGUAUGAAGUCCGCAUUGUUGUUGUACGUCAUAUCUUACAUAUUUUAGACUUACUUCAAAAAGUAAGCAUAUGAAAAUGUAUGUGUGUAUACAGUUGUAUGCUUAUUUAGUGCAAGGAACUUUUCGAAUGUGCCUACUUAUAUACGUGAUAUAUAUACUUUAUAUUAUAUCAUUUUUAUAUUUUAUGCAUAAUUUAGUUAGAACUAAGAUUUAGAGAAUUCAAAAAGACUGCGAAUUGAUAUGUAUGGUAUGUAUGCAUUAGGAUGUACGUUAUUUUCCAAGUUGAACCUUGUUUUGCAAACGCCACCUGAAGCUUCAGGUUUUGCCUAAGAAAAAAGUAUCCGACGUAAAGAAGCUUAUUAUUUUCAAUUUAAAUCGUGUCUAAUCAUUUUACUUUUCCUACACAUACAUACAUUCAAGUGAUUUAUACAUUUUGUGUUGCUCAUACGACAUGGUGUACUAUAUGAAUACAGUACAUUUAAUGCAUAAUUUUAACUACGUAUAACUUUUAAAGGAAUGUUUUUUUAAAAAAAAAAGUCAUUCAGACCAUUUUUGUAGAUCGUAAAAUUUUCUAUUAGAAUAUCAAAUUUUCAAAGUUGUAGAUUUAUUUGCUGUGGAAAAUUUUAUUGCAAAAGACAUAAAUUGUAUAGAAAUAGGCUUAAAUUGAAAAUAAAGAUCAAAACGUGAAACUUCAGAGUGCGUUUGUGAAAAAAUCAUCAACUUUGUCAAUAACAAGCACCCUAAUAUGCACGUACGUAAAAAUUUAAUUAGUAAAACGUUCACUCUACUCUCAUUAAAUUACUAUUUUAUUAUUUACUUGUAUAUUAUGCUUACAUUUUGACAAUGAAAUAUGUAAACAGCUGAUUUUUAAUCACCUUCAUUUACAGUUAAUUCUAAUAACAUUUUUAAUAAUUGUCAGCUUAAUCUAUCAAAACUCUGUACAUUUUUAUUACAUAAACUGUGAAAAAUUUACUGAAGUAAAUAUAAAUAUUUAAAAACCUAAAAAGAAAUAUUUUAAAAUAAAAAAAGAAAUAUUAAAAAUAUUAUAAAAAAACUAAAAAAAAAAUUAAAAAAAAAAAUAUUAUAAUAUUUUUUAAUAAUAAGAAGUAAGAAAAAAUUAAAAGAAAUAGA